AUGAUACCUCAUUCUUCUGCCGGCGUCCAAUCGUGGGGUCAUCCCCUGCGCGCCGUCAACAACGGCUCUGGGCAUGUUGAUGCUUCUCAAGCCGUGGGACCGCCCGACCCUCAGUUCGAGAAGCUACCUACACCUGUACCGCAGCCGCAACCCAGACAGCCGGCAGUCAUCGACCUUACUACGAGUGGUGGUGAUGCGCAAGAGCUAGAACCUCCGCCAAAAAGACUUCGGCUGGACUUACCUGCAGCACCCUCCGCUCGAGAUGCGAGUCCUGCGCCGGGGAGCGGUGGAGAGCUGAGAAGCACACCAGGAACGGGUGGCUCAAAGCCUCCCUCACUUUCUUGGCGCAAUCGGCCGGUAUGGUCCUUCCAGGCUAUGCUAUCCGAGGUGCCGGGGAGCAAUGUGAUGAAUGAGGAAGAUGCGACAGCUGUCGCGCAGGGUGGGAAACCCGCAUCGCCACCUUCUUUGCCGGUUUUGCCUUGGAAGUAUAUUCCGGAGUCGCUGGGAAGUAAUCCGACAACGUCACGAGCUAGUUCACCCGUGAAGGAGGUACAGACGAUCCCCUAUCGCAUUGAGACUCCUUCUGUUGCGCCAGUGCUUAAAGGAGAAAAAGUUGCGGAUUUCUCCCCAUGGAUUGGGAACCACCCGGAAGAUGUUUUAAACGAACAGACGGCAAAGCAGGGACACUACGACCGUACUCAGGUAUCUCAAAAUGAAUCGAACACCGCACGACCCUCGUUAUAUGCACAAUUGAAGCACCGCUCCGGUCUGCAGAUGCUCUCUUCCGUUUUUGCAGCAGCUCUUGAAAAGAGACAAAACCAUAGCCUGGUGACUGCACCGUCGACCUUUAAGCCACCUCCGCGAGUAACUCUAACGGAUAAUAAACGCGAGGCCUGGCUUCGUGACCUCGCUAACCCGUCUGUUCCUCUGCGCAAGUUGAGCCGAACGAUUCCUCAUGGUAUCCGGGGCAAGGCACUUCUGGAUCAAUGCUUAAACAAAGGUAUCCCAGUUAACCGAGCCGUGUGGCUUGCAAAGUGUGUCGGUGCCAAUGAGAUCCGUGCGUUCAAGAGGAAAGGAACGAGUGGCACAUUAGCGCUGGGCUUAGAAGCAAAAUGGGUCCGUGACUGGACAGCAAGUGUUCAGCAGUUCUUAGAAGGAGUACUAGGAGCCUGCGGCUCUGCGCAAUGGAAAAUGAAGAUGACAUAUGCGGUAAGCUUAACAGCUCGCUUGUUCUUUGAACGUCUGCUCGACCACGACCAGUAUCUUGGAUGGUUCUUGUCCUCGUUAGAAGCCGCGCCGGUCAAUAUAGUUCCCGUUUGGCUGCUGAUGCUUGGUAUCUAUUGGGACAAUAUUAUGCGAUAUCGGAAGCGUGGGCGGCGGUUAGCCGAAUUGCUACUUGUGAAGUUGCGUCAGGUACGUGCGCUGAUAUUGACGGUCAAUACCCUAUUAAUCAGACAACAGGUCACCCAGCCGGAUAAAGGAGGCCCACUACAGCCCCUCGUAGAUAGAUUAUCUCUUUAUGUCAGGAGACUUGUUCUCGAGCAUACCUCAUCUGUGGUUCUGCCAGGUUCAUGGGAAAACCACAAGGAGCUUAUAUCUUCAUGCUUGAACUUAAAGGACAAUGUCCAUAAAACGAUUUACCAGAAUCUCUCUGAACGCAAUUCGCGAUUGCAGCUACCCAAGAACCACCAAGACACAGCUGAACGGUCACCGCAACAGCGUGUCAUACAGCUGUUUGACUCCAUCCGCUCCGCGCAUGACAUCUCUUCCGCCUCCACUGCAUGCCUGAAAACGAUAGAGGAUAAAGCUAUUCUCAUUUCCAAACUCCUCGAGUGGACGGCUACACCGUUCCGUUAUGGUCUUUGCCGUGUAUAUACUGGCGUGCGUCUUUUGCGCAAGUGGAAGAUGUCUGGGAUCGAUGUUGACUCAUAUAUUCUUUCUUUCCUCGCUGAUGUUCGAGUGACUAGCGCACUAAACAUGGAAAAUAUCUACCAUAUUAUUUCAGAGCUAGUCAGAUCUCAGACAUUCUCUGUAGGUAGGUACCUUCAAUGGCUGAUGGCGAAAGGUGUCACAAACACCCCUCAGCCCGUACCGAGUGACCUCUGUCUCCUAAAGCAACUGCCGGCCAAUCGCCUCCCAGAGCAUGUGCGAAACCUCCGCAAUACGCUCCUUUACAGGGCUGGAAUCCCGGUGAUGGAGGAGGACUCUGCCAUUGCAGAGCUGAAAAUAUCAAUUGCUCAGCGACUGCCUAAUAUCUUCGGCGCUGAGAUGGACAGUGCUAUGCCCACUGAAUCAUCACAGCCCCAUCCCACUUGGGCUGUGAAAUCCGAAAUCGGACAGUGGAUUCGCCACGGAAUUGCUGGGCAUUGCCGCGAUUCACCUAGGUAUGUUUAUCUGCUCUCUAGGAGUACUGCUCCGGCUAACAACUACAGAAAACUCUCUGGGGUCUCCGUGGCGGUGGACCCAGGUGCAUCCGCUCUUACUCCCGACGAGUUCUACAGUGUCAGGGAGAUAUUAGAGACUUUCGGUGACCUCUCGAUGCUGGCAGACAUACUGAAACAAGCUACUCGUUGUGAUGACGACGUGGUCCUGGCUUCCGUUGCCGAUACGGUCAAUUGCCAUUUUGACUGUUUCUGUGUAAUUGGCGCUACGGCUGACCUCUUCAGGGGCCUCGUUGAGUCGUAUGCUCGUCUUAAGAGACUGGGCAAUGCAAGUUUGGACUUGUUGUUUUCGCUCAUCGAGUUAGGACUCCGAAUACCCAGUGAAUUCAACACCGUUGCUCUUUUACGUCAGGACCUCACUCGCUUAGAGAACAAGUCAGCUUUGGCAGCGCCUUCCCCGCUUUCGGAUAGUAUUCCCUUAGCACUCAGUGAUGUCGACCCUUCAUUUCAAGAAAAGUUAAACCAACUUCUCUCGUCUGGGGGUGGCAUGGACGAGUCCACGAUGGAUACGGUCUUCUAUUCGCUUAUGCAUAUACUAGAAAAUAGUGGCAGUCCCGCAAAACUGUCAGCAAAUGAAACUGCCAGGUAUCUGGCUUAUUUGCGGCCGUUCCAACCGAAGCAUUUCGAUACAAUGCUGAUUCGUUGGAUAUGUGGACUUCUGAAGUCCUCUACCCCGUCGAUGUCCCGAAUUCUCCCUCCUCUCAUCGGAGUUGGCUGCGUCACCAUACAUGCUUUUGUGUUUUUAGUGAAAAAGCUUUUGCAGUCGGAAAAGGUGGCUGCUGUAAUUCCCAACUUGGCCGGAUUGCGGGUGGACCUGCUUCAGCUUCUUGUUCCUCUAGUUUCAGGAAAAAGUAAAUACGCUGACUUGGUCACAUACCGUUUCCAUGUCGCACAACAAGAGUUUUUCAUGAAGCACCCUCAGGAGACCCUCGAUAUAAUAUGCGAUGCAGUUGCGUUGGUUAAUUCAGAGACUGGAUCCAAUCCAGGACAGCCCGACAUCGCAGGUUGUGCAACAGAGUUGCUCGAUAUCCUUCUUACACAGAAUCCUGAAGUUACGGUCCAAUACUGUCUGCAAGGCUUUAUUGGAAAACAUUCAACGUCAACAACCGUCCUGGAAAGGGCUCUAGAUAACCUCUUGGGCUUUGACUCACUCGCUGGUCCACCUACAAUGUCCGAGGCAGAAAAGGUCGUCCGCAUGACUGAUGACUUCUCCCUUCCAUUUUGCCAGUUGAAGCUCCAAAUGCUUUUCAAUGCAGAAUCUGGCCGUAAUGUGGGCAACGGUAUCGUUGACGUGAUGUUUAAGGCCGCUGUGGAAGAUACACGAUCAAAAGGAUCAAAUUGGGUUGGUUUCGUAGGCCUCAUGAGUCAAGACAUAAUAAGACAAGUAUGGAAACACCACUAUCACUACAAGAAUCUUGAAGCUCAUGGACACCCGGGCACAGCCAAGUCCCUGGAGACAGCAAAGCUGUACCUGACGAUAAUUGAGAAACUUGCUUACAGUGUGCCAGAGGCUGGUGUACAGUCUGUGGCUCCCAUUCUCGUUGAGAAAAUGGAUCUACUUCUCCACAGGCUUGUUAUCAUGCAAACCAAUUUCAACAACGUCACCAUGAAUAGACACGGCGCCGCUACGACUCAAAUUCUUCAGUCUCGCUCAAACUUCGAGAGGUCUCUCGCUUUCUGGUUCUCUGCUUUUCUAAGGAUGAUUGUGAUUCACCGUUCUGCGUUCACUAUGCCAUCCCCAGCGCCUAGAGCCAACGGCCUGCAGGAACAGUCUCACAGCGUUAUACGCCUUUUCCCGGCGGCUGACUAUUUCCCUCACCCAAUACCGUCUCAGGGCUACCGUCCUUGUCCCGGAAUUCUGCUUCAGACUCAUGCAUUAGACGUCGCAGCCUCCCUGAUCGACACGUUCCCAGAUGAGGCGCGGCAGCAAUGUGCCCGUUUCCUCAAGGAAAAAUGUCCACCCUUUCUUCAGUAUCAAAAUGACUCUAGAUUUAUUUACCUUCUCGGUCCCAUGAGCGAUGCAGCAGCAUUGAAUAGCUUGCAGGCUGCUUCUCUUCCAUCACCUGCCGCAGGUGGUUCUACUCCAACUCCAACACCGUCCAGCGCCCUGCCGGUCUUUCAGAAGGCAUUAAUUGCGUUGCCAGCCAUCUUCGCCUCCAAUACCGGGGACGUGCUAUGGGACCCUACCCAGUACGCCCUUGGGAGCUCCUCGAAGAUGCCGCACCAAUCGUAG